AUGUGCGGCUUUGGUGCUCCCAAGUGCCAUGAAGCGAAAGCAGAAGAAGGAGGUUUCGACAGGUGCUGGAAUGCAGACAGCUUGGCUAAGGCUCUAAAGGAGUUUUCCCACUGCAGGCUACCUGGCAACUUUGAGAGAAAUCAGUGGGUCUACUACUGUGGGCCAGGCUUAUUCCGAGAUAGGGAGUCCGCUUUGUUCGGACAUCAUCUCAAGGUUUUGCACCGAGUUGAUUCCAAGGGCCAAGUCUUGAUUGCGUUGCAGCACAAAUCCGGACAGAGAUUCGUGGCACGUCGUACGAGUCUAUGUGUAGACCAAUCACGGCACUGCAGUGGAUAUUUCCCGAACCAAAGAGUCUACUACACUGGGUCCAAAGUGGCGAAGCGGCAUUCUCCACCUACGGCUUACUUCGGGCAAAGAGCUGUGAUCACGAGCUUUGCCACCGAAUCCAACUAUGCCUGGCUCCAUUUGGAUGAUGGCUGCCGUUUCAAGACAGGCAGCUUUGGGCUUUCCAUUCCCAAGGUAUCCGGUGAUCGUUUGAGCAUGGGGAGCGAAAUUUGGUACGUGGGCACAAAUCUAUCCCUCUUCUGCGGCAGGGAAAUUAUGAAAGUUGUUCUGCCAAACGUAGCUGAUGGCCUUCUAGUUGAAUUUCGCGAUGGCACAGUUCUUGCAACCACGGGAUCCAAGCUGACGGCGCGCAAGCCACAGCAGCCACAGCAUGCAGCGACUUGCCCAUCGACGCAACUGAACUUCCAGCCUCCGGCGAGGCAGACAGUUCACUUCCGGCAGGAAAUCUUCCUUCAUGUGUUCAGUGUAUCCAUGACUGAUGACAUUGAAACAAGCCGCCUUGCCCUCGAAGAGAUCUUCUUUUCCCAGGAUUCUAUCAAGCGCCAGUUUCAGGAUGGCCGCUCUCUGGAUUUGAUGAAGCGGGAACUCAAGGGAGGGGUGAAGGACUUAUCGCAAAUACCUCGAAUCACCGUGGUGCGCCAUGAAGGAAGAGGUUUCUCAGUGGACAACCGGCGCCUGUGGGUCUUCAAGCAUGUCUUUCGUGGAACGAAGCAGAUACUGGUUACAUGGGGAAUGCAGGACCACCAGUUCUGGAGCAAGUUCACCACCAAGAACCAUGGCGUCGACGUACGUGUGAGAGGAGAGCGGUGA